CCUAACUAAGACACAGAAUACAAGCACUAAUAUUUAAUGGUAUUUGAUGAUUUGUAAAUUAUAUUGAAAACAUUACAUUGUUGUGAAGAUAUUUGCAAUUGUUUUGUAAAAGGUGUCAUUUUGUUUGGGCCUAGAUCUCGUUGCUUUUACACUGUUUUGACCAGCAGGUGUCGCCAGCGUGUGGUGUUUCGAACGCUUCGAAACGGAGUAUCAUUUUGCAAAGCAAUUGGUUCAGUUGAUUCGAAGCUUUGAAAAUAUUCGUUUCUUCCAUCGCUAGUAAGCGGGGGGGGGGGACAAGGAAUACGGUUCUCAGAUCCGCUUCAGGCCUCAUUCAUAUGUGGAAAUAAAUCUGAUAUGAAUCGGAUACAUGUAUUUGCGUCUGCCAUGUGAACGGACAAAUCGGAUAUUCCCCUGUCAAUGCGAGUCGUACGUCAUUGAAAAAGCGACGGUGGUGAAUGACGUCAACUCAUGGGGACACCAACCGCGAAAAGAAUAUAUAAUGAUUCGAUUUUCGCACCAUAUUUAAAGUGACGUCUCUGAAAUGGAGGACAUGAUGGGCAGUCUUAUGAAGAAGGAAUUUGUAAGUGUAUGGGUCCGGGAUCCCCAGCUUCACAAAGAGGAUUUCUGGCAUGCACACAUCGACUAUGAGAUCUGUCUUCAUACGAAUAGCAUGUGUUUCCAGAAAAAGACCUCUUGUGUGAGAAGGCGAUACAGUGAGUUUGUGUGGCUACGUCAAAGAUUGCAGGACAGUGCUCUUCUUGUCCAGUUGCCAAAACUUCCUCCUGCUAACCCUUUCUUCAGCCUCAACAACUCAUUGCAGGUGACCCAGCGUAUGGAGGGACUGCAGAAGUUUCUGGAAGCAGUGCUGAAGAUGCCCCUUCUGUUGUCAGACAGUCAUUUGCACCUGUUCCUGCAGACCCAACUGAGUGUUGCCAAAAUGGAGGCAUGUGUGCAGGGCCAGACUAGUUAUACUGUGGCUGAGGCUAUCCAAUGCUAUGUAUAUGAGACACACUUCCCUCUGGAGGAUGAGAGCAAAAGCCUCUGUGACUCUGACUGUGAAAGCACCUCCUGUUCAGGUCUGGAUAUGUGUGUUGGCACUGCUAUUCCCUUUGCAAUGUCCUCCCAAAAUGGGAGUCCUGGACACCAAUUCCUGGCCAUGAAACUAGACCCUGAGACCUUCAGAAGUUUAUCUUCAUCUCCUGAGAGUCAGCAAGACACACAUACAUAAUAUGCACAGGGUUAUGUACCUGUUUUCUUUCAUAUCCAUGCAAACAAAUGCCUGCUUGUUGCUCACAUCACCCAGGAUGAGCUUUGGGUGGAUUAAGUAGAAAAGGUUCCAUUGUUUAUGGGUCUGUCGAUUUGCCUUUGAGAGAUUUUUUUUCUGCUGAAAGUGUCUACUUCUUGAAGUUUUAUGCUUUAUUAUAGCGAAGAGUGCAAUAUGAACCACUUAAGCUUAAGUAUCUGAAUCUGUAAUUAUUGCUUUGGUAAGAUUGUUAUUA